AUGGCCCUGCAUCAAACCUUCACCACUAGAUUUAUUGAAGAAUGGUGCUUGGAUAAAUCACUGUCUGGCUGCAGGAAGCACCAGAAUGUCUGGAAAAAACUGAGACAAAUACGCAUUGUAGGGCUGUUCAUGGGCAUAAUGGCCAUCUGCACGUUCUCACUUUCAACUAGUGCCUUUUUCAAGAUAGAGACACACAGCACAGAUCGGGCCAACAGUUUAGGUCAUUCAGAAUUAAUGGCUGGAUACCAUCAAAGAACUCUGUUAGACUUAAAGGAGAAGGUUCAGGAUGGUACUCCAGAGCCACUUCCUACAAAAUACGUAAAUGCAACUGAACAUCCUCAAGGAGACUACCCAAGAGACCUCUUUUCCCUUCAGGAGCGAAGAAGAGGUGCAGUAAUUCUCCAUGUCCUCGGAAUGAUCUAUAUGUUCAUUGCCUUAGCCAUAGUCUGUGAUGAAUUCUUUGUUCCUUCUCUGACUGUCAUCACUGAAAAGUUGGCCAUUUCUGAUGAUGUAGCAGGGGCUACUUUCAUGGCUGCUGGGGGCUCAGCUCCAGAACUUUUCACAUCUCUGAUAGGAGUCUUCAUAGCUCAUAGCAACGUUGGCAUUGGCACAAUUGUAGGCUCAGCAGUAUUCAAUAUCCUGUUCGUUAUUGGGAUGUGUGCACUGUUUUCAAGAGAGAUCCUAAACCUCACCUGGUGGCCACUCUUUAGGGAUGUCUCAUUUUAUAUUGUUGACUUGAUCAUGCUUAUAAUUUUUUUUCUGGAUAAUUUCAUCACAUGGUGGGAGAGCUUGUUGCUGUUAACAGCUUAUAUUUGCUAUGUGACUUUCAUGAAGUUCAACGUUCAGGUGGAAGCAUGGGUGAAGCAACUGCUAAAUAGAAACAAAGUCGUGAAAGUAACUGCAACCACAUCAGCAGCAGCAGCAGCAGAGAAUGAUGCAAAGUCAUCUACUGCCAAGGACAAGGAUGAACAAACGCUAACGACUAAGCCACGGCUCCAGCGAGGUGGCAGCUCAGCUUCUCUGCAUAAUAGUCUGAUGAGGAACAGCAUCUUCCAGCUCAUGAUUCAUACCCUUGACCCACUUGCUGAAGAGCUUGGAUCAUAUGGAAAACUAAAAUAUUAUGACACAAUGACUGAGGAAGGACGCUUCAGAGAAAAGGCUUCAAUACUUCACAAGAUUGCCAAGAAGAAGUGCCAGGUGGAUGAUAAUGAAAGGCAUAAUGGGACCACCAACCAUAUGGAAAAAAUAGAGCUCCCAAACAGUACAAGUGUUGAAGUGGAAGUAUCACCACCCAGUGAAGGUUCAGGACCUGUACAAAAUGGAAAUCUCUCCCACGGCAUUGAACCAACAGAAAUACAGGCUUCAGAUACAGGUGAAGACGAAGACGACCAGCCACUCAGUUUGUCCUGGCCAACCAAUACCCGAAAACAGAUCACCUUCCUGAUUGUUCUUCCCAUCGUGUUUCCAUUGUGGAUAACCCUUCCUGACGUCCGAAAACCUUCCUCAAGGAAGUUUUUUCCCAUUACAUUCUUUGGAGCCAUCACCUGGAUAGCCAUUUUCUCUUACUUGAUGGUCUGGUGGGCACAUCAGGUAGGAGAAACAAUUGGUAUUAGUGAAGAAAUUAUGGGCCUCACCAUCUUAGCUGCUGGGACUUCUAUCCCUGACCUCAUUACCAGUGUCAUAGUGGCUCGGAAAGGACUUGGGGAUAUGGCAGUGUCGAGCUCCGUUGGAAGCAAUAUCUUUGACAUCACGGUGGGACUCCCACUGCCCUGGCUCUUAUAUUCUGCUAUUCACAGAUUCAAACCAGUGACAGUCAGCAGCAAUGGUCUCUUCUGUGCCAUCGUUCUCCUCUUCAUCAUGCUGCUCUUCGUCAUCAUCUCCAUAGCUCUCUGCAAAUGGAGGAUGAACAAAAUCCUGGGAUUUACCAUGUUUGGCCUGUACUUUGGAUUCCUGGUGAUCAGUGUCCUCUUGGAGGACAGAAUCAUCAUGUGCCCCAUCUCCAUAUAG